GAGAAGUAAACAAACCAGAAACUCACAUUUUUGCCGGUUCUUUCUGGAGAAAUUAGUUUUACAAUGAAAUUGUGAUCUUCCGUGCAUCAUUUUCGACCAUAAAAUCUUGAUACGAUGGCCCAGAUUUUGGUACUCGAGGCCUUCUACGGUGGUUCUCACAAACAGCUGCUGGACGUGAUAUUGAAAGAUUAUGAUCCCACGGCGUAUGAUCUACUCACGAUACCUGCCAAGAAAUGGCACUGGUGUGCCCGGAUGAGUGCGCUACACUUUGCGGAAGUAAUUCCCGCUUCACAUCAAUAUCGGCUGCUCUUUACGAGCUCGGUUCUCAAUCUCGCAGAACUGAUCGGACUUCGGCCGGAUCUGGCCCGCUGCCGGAAGAUAGUGUACUUUCACGAGAACCAGCUUUGCUACCCGGUCCGAGAGAGCAAGCAGCGAGAUGUGCAGUAUGGAGUGAAUCAGAUAACGGCAUGCCUAUGUGCGGACGCGAUACGCUUCAACUCACAGUACAAUAUGCACUCGUUUCUGGACAGCAUUCAGUCGUUUCUGAGCAUCGUGCCGAACAUGAAAUUUAAAGGCACCCGUGAAAAAAUUGCUGCAAAAUGUGAAGUUUUAUACUUCCCGAUAGCAUUUCACCAAAUCCCUCGCCGGGCGGUUAGCAGGAACCGAGAGCGUUCCACUCCCCUUCACCUCAUCUGGCCACAUCGAUGGGAGCACGAUAAGCAUCCGGAGCAACUGGUAGACACUUUACUGGCGCUUCAAGCCAAGGGUGUGGACUUUCGGGUUUCUAUUCUUGGCGAACGGUUCGAGGUGGUACCAGCCUGCUUCGAUCAGCUCACCGAACGGUUACCAGGCAAGGUGAUACAAUUUGGUCCGCAGUCCAAAGACGAGUACUACCGUACACUAAUGGAAGGCGAUGUCGUUUUGUCGACGGCACUGCACGAGUUCUAUGGUGUCGCUAUGUUGGAAGCUGUACACUGUGGGUGUGUACCACUUGCACCAAACCGGCUCGUUUAUCCGGAACUUUACCCGAAGGAUAAACUCUUCAACACCACGGAGCAGCUGGUAAAGCAGCUGUACAAUUGGUGUCGUAACCGGCCCCUGUUUGAGAAGCAUCGACAUGUAUUUUUCGAUUCCUUUGCGUUGGAUCCCUACUCUGCGGCUUACUUGGUUCCAGUGUUUGGUAAGCUUUUAAAUAGUUUCUAAGUAGGCAAACAAA